AUGUGCGGCCUUGAUUCAUUUUACCCUCGUUCGACCGUCGCAUCGGCAUUAACGGAGAGCAUCGACGACAUCACACAAGAGGUUCUCUCCACGGUGCAGCACUUCAGCUCCAGCGUUAGAACAGAACUACUCUGCGAGCAGCGACCUCUCCGGAGAGUCUACAUCCUAUUUAGCCAUCUCGACUCGCAAUACGGCAACGUCGAACUCAUCCGCGCUUUCCAACGGGCGCUUAUCCGCUUUGGAGGCAUUGAGUACAUGAUCAAUGGGGACUUGCUUGCGCGUCUAGCCGCCCCCUCUCUACAAGAGGAGGAAUUCGACUGGCAGACCGGGGAGUAUAUUUUCUCCCAAAGACAUGACACAAUAUCGUCAGGCGAUGGUCCCCCAACUCACGGGGAGGAUGCGAUCGCCCCACAAGCACUAUCUCCGCACAGGCCACCAAGCGCGAGCAGCCACCGUGGAAACCAUGCUGAAGAAGCUUCCAGAACGGAACCUCAUGGAGCACUUCCUUCGUACCAGACCGCAGCUGCACCUGCUGUCGCUGCGGCGGGGCCAACUCACGAACUAAGCUCAAACUCAAGCUCCCUCGCUCAGCCCCAAGCCACUCAAAAUUCUGCCAGCGACCUGCCGACUCCGGGCCCGCAGCUCAGACGACACGGACUGACCCACUGGCUCUAUGUCCAUAUUUGCAAGUGGCCGAAGCGUCUGACCACACACCCGGACCGAGCUCUGCCAAGACAAUCUUGA